AUGGCAUCUGGUUUUGGCCCAGAUGGACAGGCUGCUUAUAAAACAAAGAAGCACGUUCUCCCGUUCCAGGACCACACCGGCAAUCCGGCGGUCUGGCGUGGGCGGGCAACAAAUCCUCUUCCGCGCCUUUAUUGCUACGCCAUCUACUUCACUCACACUAGCAUCACCUCGGAUCUUGUGAAUGCUGAGCAAGUAUAUGCGACAGUGACCGACGACCCGAUAUACGGCUGUAGCGGCGUUGAAUAUCGUCUGGAUCUCUUCAACGACCAGAUUGAGCUCGUGUCCACAAACGGGGGCCCCACCGGCAGACUUCCCGGACCUGUAUCGUCAUAUGUCCAGGAUCCAGUCCAGCAUGGCUACCACAGUCUCAUUUACAUGUUUGAUAAAGCCGCCUGGCCGGGCGACGAUCAGCUCAUAGUACGCGUCGAAUUCGAUCCACUAAGCAAGGCAGGAUACGAGGCAGACAGCAAGGAUCCGGAGGAUCCUCAGGGAGCCAGAUGUUCUCCCAAGGAAACAUGUCACAGUAGAGGCAUUCAAUCCAAAGAGUCCGGGAUACGAUAG